GGGUUCCAGCUGCCCUCUGAACAAGACUAAUCACGUUUACCAGACACCAGUGGUAGAUAUUUACAUACCAUUUUUGCAACUGGAUAAAUUAUUUUUUCCAAGCCCAAACAACCGAGGGAAGUUCGCUUCACGAGGCUGCUCGCAGCCGGUGCGGGGCGCUGUGUCCGGCUCUGCAGCCACGUCUCCGCAGAGCGAGCCGCCAACCGGGUGGCCCCCACCAGCCUUCUGGUCCCAGCUUGUCGAGCCAGCCAGACUGGGCGGACAGCUGCAGCGCCGCCGCCAGCUCCGCUCCUCCUUCGGCGGGGCCGCGGGCGCGAUGCGGCCCCCGCCGCUGCUGUGGCUGGGCCUGGUGCUCGGAGUGCUGGGCGCUGCGUGUGGGGGACCCAGCGACCAGCACUACGUCGACGGCGAGCACCGGGCCGACUACGACCGGGAGGCGCUGCUCGGAGGCCAGGAUGAAGCGGAGGAAUAUACUAAACUCAGUCCAGAGGAACAGCAAAAGAGACUGAAGGCCAUCAUAAAGAAAAUUGACUUGGACUCCAAUGGAUUCCUUACUGAUGAUGAACUAAGUUCAUGGAUCCAGCAAUCGUUUAAGCAUUAUGUUACGCAAGAGGCUAAACAACAGUUUGGUGAAUAUGAUAAAGAUGGUGAUGGAUUAGUAUCUUGGGAGGAGUACAACAUUCAAAUGUAUGAUCGUCUAAUUGACUUUGAUGAGAAUACUGUCCUGGAAGAUCAAGAAGAAGAAUCAUUUAGACAGGAUGGAAACGUACUGGAUCAGACCAAUGACCCAUCUAGUCGCUAUCCUCUCUCUGAUGGUCGCCAGUACCAGCUGCUUCAGAGGAAGCUUCAUUUAAAGGACAAGAAGCGGUUUGAAAAAGCCAAUAGAGAUGAAGUUCCUGGUCUGAAUCUGAAUGAAUUUAUUGCUUUUGAGCAUCCCGAAGAAGCUGAGUAUAUGACGGAAUUUGUCAUUCAGGAGGCUUUAGAAGAACAUGAUAAAAAUGGUGAUGGACUUGUGAGCCUGGAAGAGUUCCUUGGUGACUACAGAAGAGAUCCAACUGCAAAUGAAGAUCCAGAAUGGAUACUUGUCGAGAAGGAUCGAUUUGUGAAUGAUUAUGACAAGGAUAAUGAUGGAAAACUCAACCCUCAAGAACUGCUGACAUGGGUAGUACCUAAUAAUCAGGGUAUUGCACAAGAGGAGGCUCUUCAUCUGAUUGAAGAAAUGGAUUUGAAUGAUGAUAAAAAGCUCUCUGAGGCAGAGAUUCUUGAGAACCAGGAUUUGUUCCUUACAAGUGAAGCAACAGAUUAUGGCAGGCAGCUCCAUGAUGAACGUUUCUACCAUCAAGAACUUUAGUUUACUCAUUUGUGAUCUUGCUGCCUCUGUGUUCCUAAACUGGAGUUUUUCUUUAGGGUACUCAAAUUUAUAAGCUGCAUUGUAAGUUUUACUUUGUGUGAUUUAUAAAAUACUAGUGUUUGUGUAAGUAUUUUGCAUUCUAAAUUUAAUUACUUAAGUACUUUUGCAAGUUUCCAUAGGCCUUUUCAGCCUUCAGAACUAAUCUGAAAUAUUUAGUAUUCCUCGAAUUGCAGCAUUAACAUUUUUGGCAUCUGAAAAAGUAAACAUUCUUAAAUAAUCUAUAUGUUUAGUACUGUAUUGUGAAAUGAGUUGUACUACCGUACUUGAAGAGUCUUAAUGAUUCUGAAAAAAGGCAAAAUGUGUGAGAUAAGCAAAAAUUACUAAUAAUUUAUUUAGGUGGUUAAUGUUUUUCAGAAGUUAUGGUGGGGAGUGGGAGAGUAGCAAUGUUUAGGUUCACUAUUAAAGAUGUUUUAUUUAAUACCCUUGGAGGAACAUUCAAAAGGAUUAAUACCUCAAUUGUUCAAGAGGUUUCUGCUUAUUUUUAAAUGAUUUCUAUAGCGGGUUAAUUGUAUGAUAUAAAACCUUAUAUUUUUGCAUCUGUACAGAUAGUAAUUAUUUUUAAUGUAUAAUUCUACAUCAUUAGAGGUACAUGUGGUAUUUCAGUGUCAGAACCCUCUUCAUUUGUCAGAUUAAAACAGUUAAACGCUC